GACGAUAUUAUAACUAAGGUCUUUUCAGAACUUCCAGACUACGUGACGGUGCAUCUGUCGUCCAUUUCGUCGGUUUUGCCUCUGUUUUUGGCAUUAUUCACUUGGAUUUCCGGUCCAUUUCUCCCUGUAGUCAGCAGCUGAAGGGACGGUUCAACCAUGGCAGAUGCCAAGAAACCUCGCAUGGAGAAGAGAGGCCUGAUGGAGCGUCUCAACGCAGGAGAGAUUGUCAUCGGAGACGGUGGGUACGUCUUUGCACUGGAGAAGCGUGGCUACGUCAAGGCUGGACCCUGGACACCAGAGGCAGCCGUAGAAUUUCCUGAUGCAGUUCGUCAGCUCGCUCGUGAGUUUCUUCGUGCCGGCAGCGAUGUCAUGCAGGCUUUUACGUUCUACGGCAGCGACGAUAAACUGGAGAACCGUGGCAAUGUGUCCCAAGAGAAGCAUACUGGUGCAGUAGUCAACAGUGCCGCCUGUCAGAUAGCCAAGGAGGUUGCUGAUGAGGGUAACGCCUUGGUGGCCGGGGGUGUGUCACAGACCCCCAAUUAUCUGUCAGGGAGUGGCAAGGAGGCAGUGCAAGAACAGUUCCGCAAACAGGCUGAGGUCUUCAUCAAGAAUGAUGUGGACUUCCUCAUUGCUGAGUACUUUGAGCAUGUAGAGGAAGCAGUCUGGGCCGUUGAAGAGUUGAAGAAGACCGGCAAGCCCGUGGCUGCAACGCUCUGCAUCGGACCUGAGGGUGAUCUGCACGGUGUGUCGGCCGGUGACUGUGCUGUACAACUAGCCAAAGCAGGUGCUGACGUCGUUGGCCUGAACUGCCACUUUGGUCCCGUCAAGACCCUGGAGGCCAUCCGUCUGAUGAAGGCAGCCAUGGACAAGGAAGGUCUCAAGCCUUUCCUCAUGACCCAGCCACUAGGCUUCAAGACCCCAGAUGUAGGCAAACAGGGAUUCAUUGACCUCCCUGAGUUUCCCUUUGGUCUGGAACCGCGCAUCCUAACCCGCUGGGACUGCCACAAGUAUGCCCGCGAGGCCUAUGAGAUCGGCGUGCGUUACAUCGGUGCCUGCUGUGGCAUGGAGCCUUACCAUGUCCGUGCCAUUGCUGAGGAGCUAUCCCCUGAACGAGGCUGCACACCAGCUGGGUCUCAGAAGCAUGGCAUGUGGGGUGAUGGCUUGCGCCAGCAUACCAAGCCGUGGGUGCGUGCUAGGGCUCGUCGCGAUUACUGGGAGAACCUGAAGCCAGCCAGCGGCCGGCCAGACUGCCCCGUACUGGCCAAACCGGAUGGCUGGGGGGUCACCCAGGGUGACAAGGAUCUACUACAGAAGACCGAGGCUACCACUGAUGCUGAACUCCAGGAGCUCUUCCAAAAGUAGGCUGGAAAUGAGGUUAAGUGAUACAACCAACACCAGACCCAAGUUUAUAGUCAACGAAAAGAAAGCGUAGAUAUUUUUGAUAAAGGUUUCGUAGGUAUUUUGUUUGUGUGUUUUUCUUCAACUGAAGUUUCUUUUUUCCCCAUUCUUGAAUUUUGUUCAUCAUCAAUUUCCACUAACAACAAACUAGUUCAGAUGUUGACGAAGUACAUGAAUAACACAUUAUAGCUACAUUGCAUUGGAGAGUGUGCAUAACAGUCAUGUAUUCUUGAAAUUUAGAUUUCCUUUUUUUUCUAGUAGCAGUUGCUUGUAUUCUGAAAUUUAGAUGGAAACAUUUUUAACUAGACGGUUAAAACCCAAAAUGUUUUAGAUGCAAUAUUUCACAAUAUCGUUGCCGAGACAACACACAACCUAAAGCAGCUAAUAACUUGUGUUCUUAAAAACAGAUUCUGAUAAUGUAUUCCGUAGCUAUAAGCGAAGUGUUAUUUUGAUUUCUUUUUGGAUAAAGUAAAACUUGAUAUCCAUUGCUUUUUUCCUUUUGGCUCAACAGGGUAGAUUUUUUUUAUAUCAUUUUAUGGUUUAGUGACUACUUUAGCCAACAGUCAGAAGAACAAUACAAAAUGCAACUCUGUAAAUUCUAAUCAAA